CAGAUUUGAGUGUAUGUGUAUUGUCUUUGGUAACGGCAAACCGUUAUGCACCGACUGCCGAUUAUUUUGUGUUGUGUUGUAUUGAAUUUUGUUCACAAGUGUGUUCAAAACGCCGACAUCGCAUAAUAUCAAAACACACAACAAACGAAUUACAACAAUGGAGCAACAUGCACAGCAUAAAAUUGAAGUGUUAUCAAAACGACGAUGCAGUCCGAAAUUGCCGCCAUACAUGGAUUGGUCGAAUGCGAUGGUAAAUCAACAACAUCACCGGCAAACAUUUCAUUUAGUUCGACGAAUGCGUAAACGUCAUUUUUAUCCACAGAGAUGGAAGACAUUCAUUGCAAAUGAUUCAAUUUUGAAUAAAACAAACGGCAUAAAAAGUAAUUGUGGUAAUGGCAGCUAUGCUAUUUUAUGCGAACUUGAUAGAAUAAAUCGUCAAAUUCACACGCUUCAAUCGGAAAUUGCCGUGCUCAAACAACAAUUGCGAAUUAUUCAAACAUAUUGUGUACCAAUGGAAAAAACGGAGUCGAAUGAUCAAUCGGCAAGUGUUCAGGUUGAAAUGAAUGUUUCUAAACCAGAGAUCAUCGUCGUUAAAGAUAUUAUUGACCACAAAUCGAUUGAACUGUGAUAAAAAAAACUGGCAUCCUCUAUAGUUUCAGCCAAAAAUAGAAUAAAGAAUUUUUCUUUAGAAGUAA